CCCUUUUCUCUUUCCUUUAAGACGUCGUAAGUCUCGUUACUGACGAUAGUGUUUGGAGACUGCAGUUAAGUUCGUCGCUGAUUACGAUUUUUUUUUCCCAAAUUACAAUAAUACCAUUUUAUUUCUCUGUUUAGGUUUUUUGGGGAUUCUCUUUAGCUACCUGAUUUUUGUGUUUGUUUGAUGGGAAUAAUUUUCCGGGAUAAUAACUGGUCAUGGGAAAGUCGUCUUUCAAGGAUUCACUCAAAGCGCUCGAAGCUGAUAUUCAACACGCCAAUACUCUGAAGAAGUGAUUUUUUUUUCUUUCAAAAUAUAGCUGAGUACUUUUCUUCCCCAAAAAGGAAAAUUUCUACUCAAAAAAAGACCAAACUUGAAUGAAGAUCGAUGGAUUUUUCUCCAAUAAUUGUUGACUUUGUUGGGGUUGAUUGUUUCCGUACUUUGUGUUUGACAAUGAAAGAGGCUUUGGAUUAUCCAAGGGAGAAAGAUGGAGCACGUCUUCAAAUGAGACUGUCCUACAGUCCAGCAGCCCAGUUUUUCCUUUUCCUUGUUCAGUGGACUGAUUGUCAACUUGCUGGUGCUCUUGGUUUGCUCAGGAUACUUAUUUAUAUGACCUAUGCUGAUGGCAAGACCACCAUGUCUGUUUAUGAGAGAAAAGCCAGCAUUAGAGAAUUUUAUGCGGUUAUAUUUCCUUCUUUAUUGCAACUUCAAAGAGGUAUCACCGAUUUGGAAGAUAGGAAACAGAAAGAAGUGUGUGCCAUGAGGUACCGUAGGAAGGAUGACUUUGAAAAGGGGAAGCUCCCUGAAAUUGACAUAGAAAGGGAAGAGGAGUGUGGGAUUUGCAUGGAGAUGAAAGGCUUGGUUGUAUUGCCUAAUUGCAUCCAUUCUCUGUGUUUGAAGUGUUAUCGGGAUUGGCAUGGCCGGUCUCAGUCAUGUCCCUUUUGUCGGGAUAGUCUCAAAAGGGUCAACUCUUGUGACCUUUGGAUUUACACAGAAAAGAGUGAUAUUAUUGAUUUAUCAUCGAUUCUCAGAGAGGAUUGUAAGAGGCUCUUCAUGUACAUUGAUAAAUUGCCUCUUGUUGUCCCCGAUCCUGUAUUUGUUCCCUUUGAUGUUCAUGUUAGGUGAGUGCUUUAAUACAGGGCAUUAUCACUGCCUGUAUAUAACUAGCAUGGCUGUAUAUCCAUAUGAAACAUACCAUUUUGAAAUGUAAAUGCUUUCUGGCUAUGUCUCUGAGUGGUUU